AUGUUCCCAGCUGCCUUCAAUCAACCUCUUCGCCGAAGCGUCACUCUCCAAGCAGACUCUGAUCGAGCGACGACACAACCCUCGUCGCCACCAACCAUCCAGCCAAGCGUCGAAGGCAGCGAAUCUCCUCCCUUCUGUGAUGACGAGAUCCCACGCUCGAUAGCAAAUCACGCCUCCUCACCGGGCCUGUACCCCCUAUCUCGCCAGGUGUUCAACCUCGAACGGAGAGAGCGCGAAGCACAACUCAACUGUACACGCUUGGAAGAAAAGUGUCGCGAGCUCAGCUUGGCCUUGGAGCGCAUGAGAGAAGAGAAACAUGACAUGGAGGCCAGUUAUGAGGCGAGAUGCCAGCUUGUCGAAGCAAGAAAGACAUGUGUUAUUAAACAGCUGAAAAAGGAAAAAGACAAAGUCAAAGAGCUAUGCGAGAAGAACGACGACCUCGUCAUGGAUCUCGCCGCUGCGUCCGAAAAGAACACCUACAUCGAAAAAAUGCUAGAGGAAAAGACCCACGAAUCGUACGUAUUUCGCUGCGCCUACAGAGUAGUCUUCAAGUGCAGCCUUUCUAUCAAGGAGAAAUGCUCUAUAUCCGGCGUUCUCAAACGCGUCAUUGAGCGCUGCCAGGCCGAGAGACAGAGAGAUAUUGAGGCGCAAGCGGACCGAGACCGAGAUCAGAAGGAUGAAGAAGCGCAGCCUGAAUCUUCUUUGUUUGUAUCUUCCUCAAGCGUCGAAGCUGCUGCUGAAGCAGAAGAUUUGAGCUUGGGCUUGUCGAGCCCCUCUUCUAGGCGGAAGAGACUACUAGAGAACCAUGAUGAGGAUCAGGCUUCUAGCGAGGAUUCAGACGAUGACAUGCCUCUGCUCGAAAUCCGUAGGAAGAGAGCCAAAAGGUUCGAAGACGAUAUCAAGGUCUUGUGA